UUGACUUUAUCGGAAUAUUUAAUAAACAUCGCACUGACCCACAUUUCUCUCUCUCUUUGCAUUCUGCCUCUUGAUAAUUCCGGCAGCGCAUAGAAGCUCGCACCGAAAACCGCACAAGUUCAAGACACUAUGCGCAGAAAAGAGCGCCAAGGACGCACUGCAGUGACGAAACGUUGUGGGAUUUAAGUUGUUCGCGCGUGAUUGAAGAGAGAUCAGUCGCUGCCUGACGCUAGAGUCGUUCACACAUCAUGAUCACACCGUGGUUCAUUCUCCUGGCCAUCGCCACUCAGACAUCUCUUGCUGUCGCCCAAGCUUCCGGCGACUUCUGGUGGCUCAAUUCACAAUUGAUCAGCGCCGCCGAGGAGAGACGCGCAGGAAAGCGCAUCGGUGACCAUGUGAGGAUUCAGGAUGUGACCGAAAACGUCGCCGGAGACUGUUCUUGCGUCCCCAAGUGCCAGUGCGACGAUCCACCACGCGAUAUCGUGUUCAGUGAUGAGAAAAAGGAGAUUUGCGCGCGCUCUUCCGAUAUAUGCUGCCAUAUCAUGAGGCUGCCCAUUCCCGCCAAUUGCUCAGCCAGCAUCACCUUCACGGAGAACACGCUCGAAGGACGAGGACCUUUCACCAUCAAGGACUUCCCUUGGCUUCUGGGGCUCUCAAUGGACAAGUUUCCCAACACUUGUGGAGCAGCUCUUCUGACUUCAACAGCAGCAGUUACUGCUGCUCAUUGUGUUUCUGAAAGUAAACACCCCAGCGCUUAUUCGGUCAGAACUAUCGAGGGACAAGAGCGAAUGCUGAGUGAAGUCAUCAAGCACACUGGAUACUAUUCCGGAGGAAGAUUCAACGAUUUAGCGCUGAUAAAGUGGGUGAGACCUCUGCCAGAGCCUCAGGGAUCCAAGGUGAUUAAACUGGCUGAUGGACAGGACUUCACCGAUGAGGAUGCCUCGUGUUUCGCCAUUGAGCUGGAGAACGAUAAGCCAGUGCCACUCAAUGUGAUGCCUCCUUUCCUGUGUGAGGCGAUACUGAGGGAAGGACACAUGGGCAAGAGAUUCCAACUCCACGCGAGUUUUCUCUGUGCCGUUCCUGAUCUCCCGGGCACGUGCAAGGCUCAAGGAGGAAAUCUUCUAGUGUGCAAUCAACAAGGAAGUAUUCCUGUGCUGGCGGGCGUCGCCUCGUGGGGCUUCAAGUGCAACGAACCCCGAAUAUUCACAAAUGUAUCUGUAUUUUCCGAUUGGAUUCAUGACAAUUUAGUAAAAUAUUAUUUCUGAAAUAAACCACAUGUGAUUUUUGCACAUGCUGUGAGUUUUCCCCCGCUUUUGCACCUGUCAGCCGAGACGUCAAAAUACCCCCAC